AACAGCAGCCAGUCUGUCAUUGCCAUUAACCGAUUUGUGUGAUCAUGACUUAUGAAUGACAUAAUAUAGAAAAAGAAAUUAUACCUAUCUAUUCUCAAGAAUCCUUCUUCUUCGUGACUCCUGUUUCUUACUCCACCAAAUCUUUCUAAAGUCUUCCUUUCCAAAAACAAGUUCCAACUCCCAAAAACAGUUUUUUUGUAUUUAUUAGAAUGGGGAAGAAGAAAGUCAUGAUACCAGUGGAAAAUGUCGACUUAAAGACAGUUAAGUAUAAGCGGGAACCGAUUCAAGCUCCACAUUUAACUGGUUUCGGUUUGAAGCUUUUUGUUUGGGUUACUGAAGCACCAUUGAUAGGUUCAUUAGUAUUGUCAAUCUUGAAGAAACAGAAUAAAAUGGAUGAGAUGUUGCGCUAUACCGUGAUUCCAGAACGCCCCAUGUUUAAGCCUGAGUUUCCACCACAAGAGCCAGAACAUGGUGUUGUUGUCGUGGGAGAAGAUGAUGAACCCAUUCGUAGGGUUGAAGCAGCUUUAAAAUGUCUUCCGCAGUAUGAUCCUGCUUACCUCUCGAACGCUGACUCCUCUCCGUAUUUGUACUGGAAAAUCCGCGACUAUGCACAUGCUUAUCAAGCUGGGCUUGUGACUCCAUCGAUGGUCGCAGAACAUGUAAUUUCUGGUGUGGAGGAGUUCAAUAAUAAAAAGCCCCCAAUGCCGUUUUUGAUUGCUUUCAAUGCUGACGAUAUAAGGAAACAAGCUGCAGCUUCAACGGAAAGGUUCAAAGAAGGAAACCCAAUAUCUGUCUUGGAUGGAAUUUUUGUGGCAAUCAAGGAUGAUAUAGACUGCUCUCCAUAUCCAUCUAAGGGUGGGACAACAUGGUUCCACGAAGUCCGCCCAGUCAAAGGAGAUGCAGCCUCUGUUUCAAAAUUGAGAAGUUGUGGUGCGAUUCUCAUUGGGAAAGCAAACAUGCACGAAUUUGGCCUUGGAACAACUGGAAAUAAUCCUAAUUAUGGAACAGCGAGAAACCCUCACUCCCUAGACAGAUAUACUGGUGGAUCUUCCUCGGGUCCAGCAGCAAUUGUAGCUUCUGGAUUAUGUUCGGCUGCACUUGGAACUGAUGGUGGAGGCUCAGUUCGAAUUCCUUCUUCACUUUGUGGUGUAGUAGGCUUGAAAACAACAUAUGGUCGGACUGACAUGGAAGGGGCAUUAUGUGAUUGCGGGACUGUAGAAAUCAUCGGACCAAUUGCUUCCACAGUUGAAGAUGUUAUGCUUGUGUAUGCAGCUAUAUUGGGCUCCUCAGUGACUGAAAGAAUCAGCAUGAAUCCGGCUCCACCUUGUUUGCCUAGUUUAUCGUCAUUUGAAAGUUCUAAUGCUUUGAAAUCACUUCGUCUGGGAAAAUAUACAGAGUGGUUCAAUGAUGUGUACUCUACUGAUAUCUCUGAUAAGUGUGAGGAUGUCCUUAAUCUGCUCUCGAAAAAUCAUGGUUGCGAAACAGUGGAAAUCGUAAUACCAGAGCUGGAUGAGAUGCGAGCAGCUCAUGUUGUUUCAAUUGGUUCUGAAUCACUAAGUUCCCUUAUCCCUUAUUGCGAGGAUGGGAAAGGUCCCAAACUUACGCAUGAUACUCGUACUAAUUUGGCACUGUUCGGUACAUUCUCGGCUUCAGAUUAUGUUUCUGCUCAGCGUAUUAGGCGAAGGAUAAUGCAUUACCAUAUGGAUAUCUUUAAGAAGGUUGACAUAAUAGUAACCCCAACAACUGGUAUGACGUCGCCUAUAAUACCUGAGGGUUCUCUUAAGCUUGGGGAGACAAAUUUAGAGGUUUCAGGUUAUCUCAUGCGGUUUGUAAUAGCAGGAAAUCUUCUCGGACUUCCUGCAAUUUCGGUGCCAGUGGGUCAUGAUAAACAAGGUCUUCCAAUAGGUAUUCAACUGAUAGGACGUCCAUGGGCCGAGGCUUCAAUUCUACGUUUAGCUUCAGCAGUCGAGGAGCUCUGCUUAGAAUCUCGGAAAAGGCCGUCCACAUUUGUUGACAUUCUGAAGGUGAAAUAAAAUGCCAUAUGAAUGCGAUCCUCAACAAUUUGGAGAAUAAGUCAAAUUCUUCGAAAUAAUUGGUUUGUCUACAAAGACAUCCAAGUUUUACUCAGAUAGUGAAAGAUUAAAUAAGGUCGACUAAAAUGUUAUAGGCACAACCAAAAUUGUUUCGUUACGCGCAACAAUAGUGUUUUAGCUUACUGAACUAGUGUUGUCUGAACUUUCAGGCGAAAAUAAUAACAUUAUACACCGACUUAGAGGAUUUAGAUAAGCUACUUUUAGCAUGAUUUGAUUUCCUUGUAUUGUAUUAACUAAGAAAAACCAACUCUACAAAAAUGUACAACUCAUUUUCAUGUGGCAAUCAAUGAACCUCCCAUGUAGCUGUGUAA